UUCAACCCCUUUUAGUUGUACAUUCAGUGAAGUACUUUUAAGCAACAAGAUCACCGUUCGAUUUCUCAUCGCAGUUACUACUCCUGGAAUACACCAACGAGAAUCGAACCUGUUCGGGGAAGAAUUCCCGGCCAAUAUGGCGGACUUUCAUUCUUCGUUCGGAACUGCUACGGGAAGCGAUAUCCCCGGGAGAUCGGAGCAAACGGAACGACGUCCCAAACCAAACACUAGCCCAAAUGCGAACGAGUCGAAAAAGCACACACGAAUGUGCUGGAUCUGUCACGAUGAUGUAGAACCGACGUAUGAAGAGACGGGUUUCUUAGAUGGUAUUCGAAAUCGGCGACCAAAAAGAACCUACAUCUCUGAGGAUGGAGACCGACUCAUUAACCCAUGCCGGUGCAAGGGCAGUGUCAAAUAUGUCCACGAAGGUUGCCUGAAGCUAUGGAUGAAUGAGAAUCCAAACGCUUGGAAAUGCGGUCGAUGCCAUUACCAAUACAGAAUGGAGCGAAUGACUUGGGCUCAGCGGAUUCGAAGCCCAAUAGUUGCUCUCACACUUACAAUGCUCAUCUUGGUGAUCACUAUCUUUCUACUCGGGUUUAUAGCUGAUCCUAUCCUCAAUUUAUGGAUUGAUCCCGUCGGUACCAUUGCGGAGUCAGUUACGAGUGGCCAUGUUGGUCUGGAAGACGACGUUGACGUGUUGGGCGAUUCAGGCUGGUUUAUUCACUUUCUGAAGGGACUUUUCUCGCUUGGGUUGCUCGGGUUCGUCAAGGCUUUCCUUGUUAUGAGUCCCUGGCAAUGGUGGAAUUUGCGGACCAGCGGCAUAAUAGGAGGAGGAGGACGUCGUGCUGGAACCGGACGUGACCGGAUGGAGAAUAUUAACUUAGUCCUUGUUAUCAUCGGCGUCAUUACGUUUUUAUAUACGGUCUGGAAGGCCACGCGGAAGUGGACCGAGAAGACACUUGACAGAGCAAGUCAACGGAUUUUAAAUGUCCAGGGCGACAAUAAUGACGAUGAUGAUAGUGAUGAUGAAGAUGAUUAGUCUCGAAACGAAAUUGACCGUUCUCCAAAUUUGAUGCAUGGUAUUUUUCGGUUUGCCAUAUUAUGUCACACCAAUUACUCCCCUACGAUGAACUUGCACACUCUUAAGUUGCCUUGAAGUUGCUCUUCCGUUUCUUGUCAACUAGUCUGUGUGCAAAGAUUGAUACCUUGUUACUAUCUGAUGAGUUUGGGCGUCUUGCUCUUAUUCGUAACCGGACUUGUUCAAGGACGUCGGAUUUCUUGCCUUGCGUCAUUGGCUCUUCUUGAGCUUGUUUGACUCAACUACCCUUUUCCCAAUGGAUAUUCCAAUGGACCUCACAUAGAGGUGUGGUUUGGCUAUUUUCGAUACAGACAAUCUUCUAUCAAGCCUCGUAUUGUUGUUAUUCUUCCUCUAACCUACUAUGUAGGUAGGUAGUGAUCAUAGAGGCCGAUUGGUUGAGAUUUAAUAGUUUGGUUCCUUCUCGUUUAAGUGCUUGAUAAGGUACAUGGGUACACUCCCAACGCUACCUGGAAUAGGUUAGGUUGAUUAGCUAAGCUACCCGGGGUCAAACUGUCGGGACGUCUGAUCACGACGUUCUGCACGUUCCAGGCCAACAGGGGUGUCCAGGCCGCUUUAACUUUAGUCUUUAGGUC